AUGCACUUCUUCAAGUCUCUCGUCUUCCUCCUCGCUCCUGUCGCACUCGCCGCAGAGGCCGUCUCCGCGCAAGCUACCACCUGCACCCAGACAAUUACCCUGGUUCCAUCGGGCUACACCCCUACAAGCUCGACCCCAACUCCAACCCCCACCCCCUCUUCCACCUCGACUUCGACUCCCAUCCACUCUAGCACCAGCACUCCCUACACCCCCAGCCCCAGCGCUAGCGCUAGCGCCAGCUUCACUGUCAAGCCCAGCUCUACCCCCCUGAUCAAGGCUACUUCUGCGUCUAGCCAGGAGUCUACUCAGGGUUCGGGCGCUACUCAGACUGCCGCUGCCUCUGCUGCUGCUUCUUCCUCUACCACUUUUACUGGUGCUGCGUCGCGCAAGCUUCCCGGUGCUGUUGCUGUUGGUGCGCUGGCUCUCGCUGGUGUUUUGAUGGUCUAG